AUCAGGUUCUUGUCAAAGUUUCUCAUGCGGCUCAGAAUCCGACUGACUGUAAUGACCCCUGAAUCCUUUCUUUAAACAACCCUUGUAAGCUUCACUCUGGUAACAGUAACACAGGUAUGUCUUUCGAGAACAAAGUUUUCGGCAAUGGGGCCGUUCUGGGCUGCGACUUUGUCGGGACCGUUGUUGCGGCAGGCAACAGUGUAUCGAGAAUUGGCAAUGGUGACAAAGUGGCGGGUUUGGUCUGGGGAGGUGAAACGAAGGGCAUCGGAGCAUUCAGCGAAUAUACCAUUGCGGACGAGAAAAUCUGCUUCCGCGUCCCGGCAGACAUACCUUCCGCAGAAGCAGUCACGAUACCGCUCGCCGGAGCCACUGCAUGGCUAGCCUUGUUCUCUCAUCAUUGUCUGAAGAUUCGACGUGAAGUACCUCAUCAGAGUAUCUUGAUCUGGGGCGGAAGCUCAAGCGUCGGACAAUACGCCAUCCAAAUCGCGGCUCUUUACGGCUUCAAUAUAGCCACGACAUGUAGCCCCAAAAACUUUGAUCUGGUCAAGUCUCUUGGCGCAAAACAUGCCUUUGACUAUAAAUCCGACGACGUGGCCGAGCAGAUUAAAGCCGCGGUGCCUAAUCUCGUUUUUGUAUUCGACACCAUUGGCGCCGGUGCAUCUUCGGCGACCGCUUCAAAAGCUGUAACCGGCGACGGCGUUUUGUGCACAGUCCGGCCUGGAAAGGCCAAUACUGAACAUGUCGCAAAGAAUGUCAGAGUAACCGAUGUCUUGGUGUUUACUGCCUUUUUGAAAGAGCAUAACUAUGGAGCUUUACGUUGGCCGGCACUGCGUGACGACCACGAGCUGGCAAGCGAAUUUUACGACAGACUGCCCCACUGGUUGGAAUCUGUACGAUUCAAGCCAAAUAGCAUCUUGCUUUUGAAGGGUCUGGAUUCAGUCACGGAGGGGUUCGACUUGUAUAAGCAGGGGAAGAUUUCUGCCAAAAAGGUAGUUUACGAGCUGUAAUUACCUUCUUCUCUUUUCUUUUCUUUGUGAAAUGUAAAAAUAUGAACCGUGACUUGAUUUGAGAUUAUAAACUAUGAAAUCAAUGCAUAUUUAAUAUAUUCG